AUGGCUCGUCACCAGAGUCUGGGCUCCAAGCUCAUUCAUCUGCUGCCCUUCGUUGUCUGCUCAUCGGCAUCUGCCCUGUACUCGACCUAUAGUUUCAACCCUUUGACGCAUUUGGGAGGUAUUGCUCCUUACUUUGAGUCUCAAGAUCCUCAGUCCUCCCCGGACGCCCCGCAAGGAUGCACAGCAAAACGUGCGGCCUACCUCGUCCGCCAUGCAGCCAUUUACGCAAACGACUUCGACUUCGAGGAGUACAUCGAGCCCUUCCUUGAGAAGCUAGGGAACAAGACUGGCAUUGAAUGGAGCAAAGUCCCAUACUUGAACUUCUUGGCGGAGUGGGAUGCCCCCGUCUCUGAGGCAGAAACGUCACUCCUGACGCGCGUGGGAAGACUGGAGGCGACCCAGUUGGGAGUCGAUCUCGAGUUUAGAUAUCCCAACCUGAGACUUCCCAAGAGAGUUUGGACUUCUUCCGCCGAAAGGACUGUCAAGUCUGCCCAGUCUCUGGUCCGAGGCCUUGAGAGUGAUGAUAACACGAUGAACGUUGUUAGCAUCUACGAGUCGAAGGAAUCCGGUGCCAACAGCCUGACGCCCUAUAAGGCCUGUCCGGCCUAUUCUUCGACUGCUGGUAGCGAACAAUCUGCAGCCUUCCAAAAGAAGUUCACGAAGCCCAUCGUCGCCCGUUUUAACGACCUGGCACCAGACUUCAACUUCACCGCCAACGACGUCUUUGGUAUGCAGCAGCUAUGUGGUUACGAAACUGUCAUUCGGGGAAAGUCACCAUUUUGCGACCUUGACCUCUUCACUCCUGAUGACUGGCUUGCCUGGGAGUACACGGAAGAUAUCAGAUAUCAUUACAACGUUGGCUAUGGCCUGGAUGCGUCCGGAUAUGUCGGCCUUCCUUGGCUUAACGCUACGGCAAAUCUAUUGCUGCAAGACGGUAUUCUUGAUGAGGACAUUUACGUCAGCUUCACCCAUCGCGAGCUGCCCCCGAUGGUCGCGGUUGCGAUGGGCCUUUUCAACAACUCCGAACACAUCGGCAGCGAGUCGCAGAUCAAUGAUACAAUGCCGCUCGACCGUAUCAACUACCGCCGCGCAUGGAGGGCGUCCAACAUUCUGCCUUUCCUUGGAAACAUCGCGAUUGAGCGUCUGAACUGCUCCGGGGCCUAUGGAUACGAGGAUGGCGAUUACUAUCGUGUGCUAGUGAACAGCGCGCCACAGCCUUUGGCGGACUGUGCUGAUGGGCCUGGAACCACAUGCUCAAGAGACGGAUUCAGCAAGUAUCUGCAGGAGAGGGUUGACAAGUUCUCAGGCUUCUCAGAGAAGUGUGGAGUUGAAUACGACAACAGUACCGACGUCCUAUCGAUUUAUACUGACGCCUCUGUUGGUAACGGCACUGUAGUGGGGAAGCGAUAUGAGGCCUUUGUGCAUUAA